AUGGCUUUGAACCAAGAAAUGGCUUGCGUUUAUGCCGCGCUCAUCCUUCAAGAUGAUGAAGUCGCUAUCACUGGAGAUAAGAUCGCCACACUCCUCAAAGCCGCUCACGUCGAAUUUGAACCUUUCUGGCCAGGACUGUUCGCCAAGGCUGUUGAAGGAGUCGACAUCAAGAAUCUGAUCACCUCCGUUUCUUCUGGAGCUGGAUCAGCCCCCGCUGCCCCAGCAGCCGGUGGUGCAGCAGCCCCUGCUGGUGGCGCUGCUCCUGCUGCCCCUGCCGCAGAGACCAAGAAGAAGGAGGAGCCCAAGGAAGAGUCCGAUGACGAUAUGGGAUUCGGUCUGUUCGACUGA